AUGAAUACAUUGUUUAGAAGAAGUUUUUUACCAGCGUUUAGUACAUUUCGUGGAUCAUGCCGCUCAUUUGCGGAUGCAACUAUAAAUGAGAAAAUUGACAAAAUUGUGAAGAAUAAUAAGGUUGUAGUAUUUAUGAAGGGUGUCCCUGACGCUCCUAGAUGUGGAUUUAGUAACGCUGUAGUUCAAAUAAUGAGAAUGCAUGCAGUUCCAUAUGUCAGUCACGAUGUUCUUUCAGACGAAAAUCUUCGACAAGGUAUUAAAGACUACUCCAAUUGGCCAACAAUACCUCAAGUGUUCAUAAAUGGUGAGUUUGUUGGAGGAUGUGAUAUUAUGCUUCAAAUGCAUCAGUCAGGUGAAUUAGUUGAGGAACUUAAAAAAAUUGGAAUUAAAAGUGCCUUGUUAACGGCUGAAGAAACAAAGAAAGAAAAAGAGAACAAGUAA